CGAUUUGAAUUGCUAUGGGAUUAGAGCACUUCUAGGCAGAUUGUUCUGCUAUUUUUCUAGUUGACUUCCUUUUUUGUAUUUAUUUGAUUCUUCAGGAAGGCCCAAGUUGUUGCCCGUCAGCGACCAUCGAGCCGGUUAUCUGUUUCUCGCGUUUUCUGUCCGCCUCUGAGGAAGCUCAUAAAAUACCUCUAUUUGUGUCUGCUUUUUCUUUUUAUAUUGCCAUUCCCCGUGCUCAAAUGAUUGCAUGGCCGAAUUCUGCUCGUCUGGUCUAACAUGCAUUCGCUCUUCUCUUCCCCAGGCCUCAUCUUUUCUGCCGCAGGGGCGCUACGCGUCGUCCUCCUUUUCUAUGGCCUCUAUCAAGAUGCCCACUCUGCCAUGAAAUAUACAGACAUUGACUACAUGGUCUUUACUGAUGCGGCGCGCUUCGUCUCCCGCGGUGCAUCACCCUAUGUCAGGGACACGUACCGCUAUACGCCUCUUCUGGCAUGGAUGCUUUUGCCCACCGCAUGGAAUGGGUGGUUUUCCUUCGGAAAGGUUCUAUUCGCCAUUGCGGAUAUGGUCGCUGGCUGGUUACUCGUUCGUGUUUUGAGAGAUCAAAUGGGCAUCAGCGGUCCUCGAGCGCUCAAAUAUGCUAGCAUCUGGUUGCUCAACCCGAUGGUGGCGACGAUCAGCACUCGUGGUAGCUCAGAGGGAUUACUGGGCGUCAUGGUCGUCGCGUUGCUGUGGGCUGUCUUGCAGAGGAGAGUCACCCUAGCUGGAGUUUUGCUCGGCCUGGGAGUACAUUUCAAGAUCUACCCUUUUAUUUACGGGCCUUCCAUCCUUUGGUGGUUGGAUGCCGACAAAGACCACGAAACUCGGGACAAGAAGACUUCGCAAGGAGUCAUAUCUUAUAUCUUGAGUCUCGCAACUCCUGACCGCAUCACAAUUACCUUUGCGGCACUAUCGACCUUCUCCGCUCUCAAUCUGUCAAUGUACAUCCUCUACGGACUUCCCUUUAUGCAACACACCUACCUCCACCAUCUCACUCGCAUUGAUCACCGACACAACUUCUCGCCUUAUAACAUCCUCCUUUAUCUCUCCGCAGCUGGAAACUCCGGCGUUGGUUUCGAGUCGAUCGCCUUCAUUCCACAAUUAACCCUCUCCGCGGUAGCUAUACCGCUUGCUCUGGCCAGGCGAAGUUUACCGGGUGCAAUGCUUGCGCAGACUUUUGCGUUCGUGGCGUUUAAUAAAGUCUGCACCAGUCAGUACUUUUUGUGGUACUUGAUCUUCCUACCACUAUACCUUCCGAAUUCAUCAUUGAUCAAGAGGCCGUACCUGGGCAUUUCAGCUGGGCUCUUAUGGGUUGUUGCUCAGGCUCUGUGGCUCUAUGAAGGCUUCCAGCUCGAGUUCUUAGGCAUCUCCAGUUUCGUACCUGGGCUUUGGCUGUCGUCGCUCUUCUUCUUUGCUGUGAAUAUCUGGAUUCUGGGAAUAAUCAUCGCAGAUGUGGGUUCUCUUCCGCAGGACACCGGCAAACGCGGCGCAGUUGCCACUACCAGGGAAGAUGGGCAGAGGUCGGAAGUAACAGGCCGUGUCACUUCUGCAGAGAAAUUUGAUGAGAAGAAAAGAAGGAAUAUCGAGGCUUACAUGAACGAUCUGAAAGCGCUGGGUGAUGGAGGAGCCGAAUAGCAGUACUUGAUAGAUCCGAAAAAAGCACAGUACUAUCGCCAGCGGUCAAGGUUGGCAAAACCCAGAUCAUAAAAGCAGAAAUAACCGCAGCAAAAAAAAAGACAG